GUACUGAAUUUCUCUUUUUGGUUUUUUUCAUUUUAAAGUGAGCCUUGAAAUGAGAUAUGAUUGGACGUCAAUCCUGAGAUCCUUUAAAAUAUGUUCCAUUUCUGCCAUUAUUUGCCUACCCAAGUAUCCAACCAAAAAGAAAACAAAGAUAUUUGAUUGAAUUCUCAAUCUAAUAGACUAAUAGUUAGUAAAAUAUUGAGAAAUAAGCUCAGACACAGAACAGAGAGAGAGAGAGAGAGAGGAGAUCCAUAUUCGUCGGGUGGCGAGUGGCGACUGGGGACACAGAAAUGCUUCAGCAUUUUCUGCAUCUGACCAGAUUGAGUGAUUAGGGGAUUUUCCCCAAAUUGAGGAGAUAGUCCUCUCAGCUUCUUCUCCAAGUUGAUAGAUUUUUGCCCACUUCACAUGGUUCUUGAUGAUCAAAAGAUGAUGGAAGGUUCUUUUUUUAAAGAAAACCAGAAGAAGAUAAUGUGAUUUCAAAUCCAGAGUGGACACCAGGGAACUUGUUGAGGAACUGCCAUGGCUUAUGGUAGAUCAAAAUCAGUAAGAUUUCAAGAUGAUCUUGAACUUACAAAAAUCACGAACAGAGGAAAUUACAAGAUUGAUCUCGAAUACAAGUUUGAUGGAACACAUAUAUCUGAACCAAGCUCUAAGAAAGCUAAUAGGGAUGUACCUGAGAAGGUAGGGGGGUCAUUCAGAUCUAAAUUACUGCCCAGAGUCUUCUCUGAGGACCAUGAGAGAAAAAAGAAGAGGAUAUUGGAUCCUCGAGGACCAGUGAUACGCAGAUGGAAUAAAAUUUUCUUGGGAGCAUGUUUAAUAUCUCUUUUCGUAGAUCCUAUGUUAGCUUACUUGCCGGAAGUUGAGAUUACUGAACUGUGCGUAGCUAAAGGGAUGUCCCUCAAAGUUGCACUUACUAUUAUACGAUCGAUAGCAGAUUUAUUUUACUUCGUAAAUAUAUUUAUUCGAUUCCAAACAGCUUAUGUUGCUCCUUCCUUACGUGUAUUUGGGAGAGGGGAGCUUGUUAUAGACCCUACGAAGAUCGCCUUGAGGUACUUAGCCAGGAGCUUCUGGAUUGACCUUGUGGCUGCACUUCCUCUUCCGCAGGUUUUAAUUUGGGCGAUAAUCCCCAAUCUAAGUAGUACAACAAUACUGACCACUGUCAGGAAUUCACUUCUCCUCCUCAUCAUCUUCCAAUACCUCCCGAGGUUAAUUCUUGUAUUUCCAUUAUCAUCUCAAAUUGCAAAGUCCACUGGGGUUAUGACAAACACGGCGUGGGCAGGGGCUGCUUAUAAUCUGAUCCUCUUCGUACUGUCAGGCCAUGUAUUAGGAGCUUGCUUCUACCUUUUACAAAUUGAGCGACAAGAGUCAUGUUGGAGAAAGGUCUGCAGAAACGAGACAUCUUGUAAAUAUAGUUUCUUUGACUGCCAUGAGAAGGACAACCCUAGUAGGGUCAAUUGGUUCAGUUCCAGCAAUGUCUCAACUCUAUGUAUUCCCGAUUCAGAUCCAAACCAUGGCUUUGUUGAGUUUGGUAUAUAUGGUGCUGCAGUUAACCUUUCAGUUGCCAACACAACAUUUAUUGAAAAAUACUUGUACUGUCAGUGGUGGGGUCUGAUGAACUUGAGUUCUUUAGGACAGAAUAAUACAUUAAGCACGUACGUUGGAGAAUUAAUGUUUGCAAUGACCAUUCCAAUUCUUGGAUUGGUGCUUUUUGCAUUGGUUAUCGGAAAUAUUCAAACAUAUCUCCAAUCCAACUCAACCCGAUUGGAAGAGUGGAGGAACAAGGCAAGUGAUGCAGAGCAAUGGAUGCGUCACAGGCAGCUACCACAAGAU